AUGGGUGAGGGAACCCCAUAAUAGCAUGAUCAGCCUUAGAAUUAGGAUGAUACUAAGCAAGGACCGUCAAAAAAUUCAUUGGACCCAGAUAUGGAGUAUGUUGGAAUAAUUUACUAAAAUGGGAAGAAGUACAAGAAAUAUAAGAAGAAGGUUAAGAAAAAGAGAAUUCUGACUAGGGAAUAGGUGGAUGAAAUUAGAAGUGCUUUUGAACUUUUUGAUAGGGAUAACUCUGGGAAUAUUGAUGUAAAUGAACUUAGAGAUGCAAUGAAGGCCUUGGGAAUUUAUUUGAAAAAAGAUGAAGUCAAGACUAUGAUGGCGAGAGUUGAUAAAGAUGGAAGUGGCUCUAUAGAGUUAGAUGAGUUUAUGGCCCUGAUGGCUGAGAAAAUUAGUGAAAGAAAUCCUGAGGAGGAAUUGAGAAAAGCUUUUAGAAUAUUUGAUGAUGACGAUAAUGGUUAGAUUUCAGUAGAAAAUCUAAGAAAAGUAGCUAUUGAACUAAAUGAGAAUGCAUCUGAUUAGGAUCUUAGAGAUAUGAUCAAAGAGGCUGAUUCCAAUGGCAAUGGAGAGGUAGAUAUUGAAGAAUUUAUAAAUCUCAUGCGCAAAGCUAAAUUGAUCUGA